AUGGCGCAUGCUCUUUCAGCGCGUGGUCGUGGUGCUGCCCGCUGCCACCCACCGCUGGUGCUUGCCUGCCCCGCAGGCAUCGAGUUCCACAAGAGCAAGGGCCAGCACAUUCUGAAAAACCCGCUGGUGGUGCAGUCUAUCGUGGACAAGGCGGGCAUCAAGUCCACAGACGUGGUGCUGGAGAUUGGCCCCGGUACGGGCAACCUGACCAUGAAGCUGCUGGAGCGGGCCAAGAAGGUGAUUGCUGUGGAGCUAGACCCCAGGAUGGUGCUGGAGCUGACGCGGCGGGUGCAGGGCACUCCCUACCAGAAUCAGCUGCAGAUCAUCCACGGCGACGUGAUGAAGGUGCAGCUGCCCUACUUUGACAUCUGCGUGGCAAACAUCCCCUACCAAAUCUCCUCCCCCCUCACAUUCAAGCUGCUGGCGCACAGGCCCUGCUUCCGCGCCGCGGUCAUCAUGUACCAGCACGAGUUUGCCAUGCGCCUGGUGGCCAAGCCCGGCGACCCCGCCUACUCGCGCCUGGCCGUCAACACGCAGCUGCUGGCCAGGGUGAACCACCUGCUCAAGGUGGGCCGGAACAACUUCCGGCCGCCCCCCAAGGUCGACUCCAGCGUGGUUCGCAUCGAGCCGCGCAACCCGGCGCCGCCCGUCAACCUGCUGGAGUGGGACGGCCUUGUGCGCCUCUGCUUUGGCAGGAAGAACAAGACGCUGGGCGCCAUCUUCCGCCAGGGCAACACGCUGGCGCUGCUGGAGCAGAACUACGCGGUGGCGCAGGCGCUGCACCGCGCGGCAGACGGCGGCGAGGUGGACCUGGUGGCGGCGGUGGUGGAGGUCCUGUCAGGGUCGGGGUUCCUGGAGCGCCGGUCCGCCAAGAUGACGCAGGACGACUUCCUGCAGCUGCUGGCCGUCUUCAACACCGCGGGUAUCCACUUUGCGUGA